GAAGCUUUGAACGUUCAUUGUCCUGUUCUGCUCCUAGAAAACUCUUCUCAUUACUAAGAUGCAGAUCUCUCUGGCUGCUCUCUCUCUGCUGCUGUUCACUGUCUGCUGCUCACAGAUCCAUGGUGCACCAAUUGGAGCUGCUGCCCCAACCUCAUGUUGCUUUACCUAUAGAAGGAAGCCGAUUCCAGCAGGAAAUAUCUCUGGCUAUUUCAUGACUAGCAGCCUGUGUGCCAAUCCUGGUGUCAUAUUUCAAACCAUAAAAAACCAUAACAUUUGUGCUGAUCCAAGUGACCAAUGGGUUAAAACUUAUUUGGAGAAGAAUGCAAACGCCUUGUGAUUGGUCAGCUUCCUGUGAUGCUGCAACCACCAAUAAUCCUUUAUUUGAAUUUUAAAUAUACAAAUGUCCACAGCACUUUAAAGCAGAAUUUUGUCCUUUAAUGAGUUACGGU